AUGGCAGAACUCACUGAUGAUCCCGAUUACAAUUCCGGCGAAACGUUUGAGAAUGUACCAAGUCCACUGUCUUAUGCUGAUAAUUAUGACAACUACUAUGGCAGACGACUUCGGACUAGCGGUUUAUCUGCCAUUCUUCAACGCAAACUGCCACAUGAUCAAGCCACAGCUACCACGGCCGCUGCGCCUGUUCCUGGUGGACUUGGGAUCCCCAGUAUCUUGCGUGUCUCUGGUCUCUUGCUGCCCAGGCGUCAUCAGCCUGUGUCAUCUUCAGCUACUCGGUUGCCUGAGCUCGGCGAGGCUGCGCUCGCUGACGAAGCCUCCGAGUCUUCUACAAGUUCAGGCAUGCAGGCCCCAGACUCGUGA